CCGCAGGCUCCACAGUCGUUAACAAUACGUCGGACAGUUCGAACCGACUCCCGGUAUCAACGGAGGGUGUAGCGAGUUUUCGAUUGCUCCCGUUUCCAGUAAGGCAACAAUGAACAGUUUUUCUCAAGGCUAAUUGAACGGAUGUUCAAAUUCAGUGCUGUUACCACUUCCGUGUAGCGUUGUAUGAGAGCAGACUAUUUGCUGUGAUAUCUGUGUCUAGUGCUGAUCUAACCCAACAUGUCGUCAGUAAUGGGAACCUCGACCAAACCACAGCGCAAGCAGCCGAAAAUGCUGUUGCGAAGCACAUCAUUUCAAAAGUUGUGCUCCAUUCCGUGCAACUUUAAACUGGAAAUAGUGCGAACCUAUCAGGAGCACAUAAAAACGGUUAUAAAUUUUCUCAAGGUUGUAGCUAGAGCAUACCUGGUGUCCAUCUGCUUAAGGCUAUUAUCAACCAUUAUCAUCGCUACGAAAGUUGCAAAGAUUCGGAAUCUCUUGAUGAAAAGGCGCCCCACAACAAUCACACAUGAAUCGAAAGCAACUCAAAUGAAUCCCUCCCCAACAGUACGCGCUAAAUCGUCCAGCCACUUUCCUGGUUCACGGGUUGCAACAUCAGGAUUGUUGGAAUUGUACCUUGCCACAGCCCAACUGAUCUUAACCUAUUCGUGCAUCUUGUACAUGGGAUUUCAAAUCUCGUUCCUGUUUUACAUUUUAUGGUGGUCUUCAAAUGUCCCCUUCGGGCUAAUUUUCCUCGUGCUCGGUCUCACUUACAUGGGAUUUAUCCUUGGCAAGAUUGCGCUCAAUGGAAAGUUCUGCUUAGCGUAACCGGACCACUACGUUCGGAAUUGAAGAGAUGUUUCGGUGUACCUAUAUAUUAUAUUACCCCACGACCACACCUGAGCAGAACGACUUGGCAAAUAACCGGUGGUGCUGGUAAAGCGAUUGCCAUCUGCAACGUUUUCUCCGCGAUAAACUUCUUUCUCUACACUCACAAACGUACACCUUUGCUGUCAAUCAAAUCGUGCAAGGAUCGUGUAGCACAGCACGCGCAUUGAUUCUUCUGAUAGUAAGAUUUGCAACCAUGCGGCCAGCGGGCCAGCCCCAACCACCAACGCUGACACUCUCACAUGGUAGUAAAACUGUGUGUAAAUGAGGAUAGCUAAAACGGAAUUGAGUAAAUAAAAGGAGUACCUAGUGGACAAGAAAUGCGACUAGAACUAUUGUUGUUUUU